AAUUUGCAAUAAAUUGUUUAUGACAUUUCUUCAGGCAGGGUCGUUGGUCGCUUCCCUCUUCCCGCCGCCGCCGCCUGCUCCAGCGUUGUCGAUCGUUGCCGCCAUCUCUCCCAUAGUCGUCUUCAUUCUUGUCAUCUCUGAGUUCGUUCUCUCCAGUUAUGUGUUGGCAUAACUGGAAGCAGCAGUGCAUUGUCAAAUGAAGACAUAUGGAACAUGAUGAAAGAUUGUGGUUUUUCGCCAACUAAUAUUAUCAAGAUCUAUAGAGUUCUCUUGUGAGGGCUUUCUUUGAGACUGAGAGAGCUGUUCUUUCCAGUCGAGCUUUAUGAAUUAGAAGGACAUGGACAGCAAGACCCUAUUUCUUCAUGAAGAAAUCAUUAGAAAUAUUCUCAAACGGCUUCCUGUGAAGUCCCUGAUCAGAUUUCAAUGUGUGUGCAAACAGUGGAAAAAUCUCAUCAAAACUCGAUCUUUUGUUGCAGACCACCUUCACCACUCUAGUCAUCAAAAUCUUUCUCUUCUUUUAGAACGGAGUCCUUUGCGCUUGUGUUUGCUCGAUUGUGGGCUGCGACUCCAUGAAGUUCAAAAUGUCCCUUCGAUCAAUUCCUUCAAUCGUGCUAGGAUUGUGGGUUGCUGCAAUGGCUUGCUUUGUGUCGAAAUCUAUCAUGAUAAAAAAUUUCCUCCUUCCCUUUUAUUGUGGAAUCCUGCGAAUAGAACGUUCAGAUAUGUGCCUAGAAGAACUUAUUCCGACUCUGAUGAAUGUGAAGUAGGAUUUGGGUUCAGUGCAGCUGUUAAUGAUUACAAGAUAGUGAGAGCUUAUGCUGAGUUUGGUGAUGCGGUUAAUCGAGUGGAAGUGUUUUCAUUAAAUAGAGGGACAUGGAAGGGAAUAGAUAUUGGGAACUUGACGGGGGUUAAACUUUAUGCUGAAAGUGUCACAACUAGUGGAGCUCUAUUUUGGUCUGGGUUAAAACUAGGUGCAGAGGAGGAGGGUGAAAAUUAUACUGAGGUGAUAGUUUCAUUUGACAUAGCAAAGGAAGUCUUUACGUUGAUGCCAUGGCCUGCUUUAGACUAUAGUGCAAAUGAAAAGCUUACCGUUUAUGAGAAUAAACUUGCUAUGCUUUGUGACAUUUGGGAUGAUGGUGAUGGAAGGUCCGAUUUGAUUGAUUUGUGGGUGAUGGAGGAAGGUACAUGUGCAUCUCGGAAGAGAUGGAGCUGGACUAAAAUAUAUACUAGCAGCCCUUCUCCAUACGUAGUAGAUGCAAUGACUGUUUGGAGGAACCAGAUUGUCUGCCAAGCUUCUUCUGAAGAGGAUAAUGUAGAAAGAAGACAUGUUCUAUAUCUGUUGAAUCCUACAACUAAUGAUGCUGAGAGUUUUGAUAUUCCCGAAUGCGGCUAUGUUCAUAAUAUGUGGAAUUAUGUGGAAAGCUUGGUAUCACUUGGCACCUACCGUUGAUUCUAAAAUCUAAUUAUUACAUUGCAGAUUUACUUUUUUUUUUCCCUCCUGGUAAAACGGGAAAAACCCCUGUCAAACAUUCCAGAUUUAUUUUGUUUAAGUACUUUUGAUGGAAAGGAAUCUCUAAUAGUGGAGAUUCUUUUUGUACCUGUAAUAUUUGAUGUCUUUUGGAGACAUUAUCUAGAAUGAUGAGUGCAGAUAUUUAACACUAGAUGUCACUAUAACUUAGGGCUAGUUUUCUACCAAUGUGCCAAUGUGUUUUUUGUUUUUUUUGGGGUGAAUAAUAUAUCACUCAUUCGCUUGUUUAAUUAUCUUGUAUGAGAAGCAAGGAAAGUAA